AAAAGCAUAAACACUAGCAUCUGUCCAAACACACCACCACAAAACACCCAAACACAACAGCUCUUGUCCUCUACGACGGACCUGCCCACACACUAUACCCAUUUCCAGCCGUUACCAACCCCAAAACAAAAAAAAAACCCCAAUUAUCCUAAUCACCCACCCUUAAACUAUUACCCACCCAGAUCUAAUGGUCCACAGCCGCCCUGGUCCGCCACGUGUCGCACCCUCCUAAUCAUUUCCCACGUGGUGCCGGAAAACCAGAGAGAAGAGAAGAAAAAAGCUCAAAAAGACUCCUCCUUUAUUCUUUUUCCCCCAAAUCAGAAAGCCCCCUAAAUUCGCUCUCUGUAAAUUUCCAAAUCAAAACCCUAAGAUUUCGAACCCAAUUCGGUUAAUCGAGCUCGCCCACGAUCCGAUUCGCUUCAUUUAUUUCCGUAAUUUCUGCAAAAUUUCCGAGCUUUAUUUCAGUCAAAACAAGUCUUCGAUGGGGGCGGUGACGUCAUCCAUGGCGGCGAAGUUCGCGUUCUUCCCGCCGCACCCGCCGUCGUACGGGGUGGAGGAGGAGGAGGAGAGCGGGAAGCUGAGGAUGACGGGAGUGCCGGCGAGGGCGAACGUCGACGUUUUGAAGCUGAAGACGAAGAGGGGGAACGACGUCGUCGCGGUUUACUUUAAGAACCCGGCGGCGAAGCUCACCGUUCUGCACUCCCACGGUAACGCAGCUGAUCUGGGCCAGAUGUAUGAGCUCUUCAGCGAGCUCAGUCUUCAUCUCCGAGUCAACUUAAUAGGGUAUGAUUAUUCUGGGUACGGACAAUCUACUGGGAAGCCAAGUGAGCAAAACACUUAUGCAGACAUAGAGGCUGUGUAUAGAUGUCUUGUGGAGAAGUACGGUGCAAAGGAGGAGGAUGUAAUUUUAUACGGGCAAUCAGUUGGCAGUGGGCCUACUCUAGAUCUGGCAACUCGCUUACCGAAAUUGAGGGCAGUGGUUCUUCACAGUCCGAUCAUGUCUGGCCUUCGAGUCAUGUAUCCGGUGAAGCGAUCGUACUGGUUUGACAUUUACAAGAACAUUGACAAAAUUCCGUUGGUCAAUUGUCCUGUUUUGGUUAUCCAUGGGACAGCUGAUGAUGUUGUGGAUUGGUCACAUGGCAAGCAACUGUGGGAACACUGUAAGGAGAAGUACGAGCCAUUGUGGAUAAAAGGAGGGAACCAUUGUGACUUGGAGCUCUACCCACAGUACAUCAAGCAUCUGAAGAAGUUUGUAUCGGCCAUUGAGAAGUUUCCACGUCUUAAAAAUGGAUCUACACCAGUUACUGAUCAACUAGAAAAGCCCCGAGGCAGCACUGACAUCAGGGAGAAACCUUGGUCCAACACAGAUCAUAAAGAGGUUUCCAGAACAAGUACUGACCAUAGAGAAAACCCUAGGGUAAGCACAGACUGCAGAGAGAAGUCAAGGGCCAGCACUGAUCAGAGAGACAGAUCAAAAAAGAUUAUGGAUCAACCUGAAAAGCCAAGUAAUAGCGUGGAGCAGCCGGAGAAAGCAAGGAAUAGCAUUGACCGCUUUGGGGAGAUGUUCAGAUCAGUUGGCUUCUGCAAUAUUGAUUGUUUUAGGCCCACAGCGACCAGUGUAUGAGGGAGGAGAUUUGUUCACAGUUUGAAUCGAAUCUGUAUUCUACCUGGCUUCUAUUUAUUUGAUUGGUUUAAAGGUGUUUGUUUGAGUGAUAGGAGAAACGGGUCAUUGUUUCUCAUACUUAGAGAGAAAAUAGGAAAGCUAGUAGACCAAACAAGUAUGUAUCUCAAUUUUAAUUUCCAACUUAAUAAAUCUAACCCUCUCUCAAUCUC